AUGCCUGAAUUAAAUACAUGCGUUGUUGAUAGGAGCUUUACUGACGUCCCCAGAGGUAUUUGCAUCGAGGGGUACUUCCAGUGCGAAAAUGAGACUGUGUGCGUGCCCCAGGACAGCAACUGCGACGGAAAGGUCGAUUGUCAAACGGGAAGUGACGAAAUGAAUUGUGAUGACAAGCACGACGACGACUACUGGGACCACCUCUACAGGAAGAAUAUAGCAGCGGAGCAUGACGAUUUCGGAAACAUAUGCUUCUUAUGGUACAAUGGUUCUUGUGCAUGCAGAGCUAGAGACUUGCUUUGUCAGCACAAGAACUACGACGCGGCUCCUAGGGAUAUACCUCAAGUAUACAUAGAUAUAUUGGACUUUACAGGCAACAACUUCAAGCACUUGGGACCAGAAACGGUGGAACAUAUCCCGGAUCUAGUGGACACGCUGACGAUGGUGCAUUGCAAUGUUACUGAAGUGGCGCCAAAGACUUUUUACAAGCUGAAAAAUGUAAAAAAUUUGCACCUGGACAACAACCACCUGAAACUAAUCCCCCCGGAUGUUUUUCCAGAAGAUAACAGACUUCAAACGCUGACCCUCAUGUACAACGACAUCUCUAAGGUGCACCAUAGGGCGUUCGAGAAUCUCCAGCAGCUCGUCGAACUGGACUUGAGGGGAAAUAAACUGACAGAAAUCCAAGGAAGGACUCUGGAACCACUUCGGAAUCUUACCAUUUUAUUCCUGCAGAACAAUCAGAUUAAGUACGUGGAGGCGUCGAGUUUCCCGCCGAUACCCCUGCACCAAUUGUCCCUGAUGGACAACAAGAUCAUGGAAAUGGACAGAGCAUCGUUCGCAAAUCUACACAAUCUAAGGAGUCUGUUCCUGUCCAAUAAUCGCUUGACGAUGCUGAAGAACGGAACGUUCCUCAAUCUGACAGCGCUGGAGUCACUGACCCUGAACGACAACUUUAUUAGGAUCAUCGAGCUGGGGGUGUUCGGAGACGUUCCUAAUCUAAAUUCCCUGAAGUUGCAAAGGAACCAGUUCAGAUCAUUGGAAAAGAACAUGUUGCUUCCUCUAACAAAACUGGCAACCAUCUACUUCGAUCGCUUCGAGAUGUGCGCUUCGGCCACGCACGUACGGGUAUGCCUUCCCAAGGGGGACGGGAUCUCCAGCCAGGAGCACAUGCUCGACAACCCACUGCUUAGAACUUGCGUUUGGGUUAUGGGUGCCAUAGGUUGCACAGGCAACAUAAUAGUCCUUCUGGGGCGUCUUUUCGCCCCUACCAACAACGUGGUCCACUCUCUAUACUUGAGGAACCUCGCCCUGUCGGACUUGCUGAUGGGGGUGUAUCUCUUCAUCAUAGCCGCCGUGGACCAGCACUACAGGGGGGUGUACCUGAGGCACGAGUACAACUGGAGGCACAGCUAUAUGUGUAGUUUAUGUGGCUUCCUGAGCACGCUAUCCUGCGAAUCGUCGGUCCUUAUCCUGUCCCUGGUCACCUGGGACAGAUUCAUCUCGGUCACUCAACCCCUAGCCAGAAACCAACCCUCUCCCAAGACGGCAGCGCUGACCCUUCUGGUGCUGUGGUGCAUAGCAGCCAUAGUGUCCCUAGCUCCGCUCAGCCACCUCGCCAGAAGCUACUUCGGCGACGAGUUCUACGGAAGCAACGGCGUCUGUCUGUCGUUGCACAUCCACGACCCCUACGCCAAGGGUUGGGAGUAUUCCGCGGCUAUGUUCAUCAUGAUCAACGCUUUGGCCUUGGUGUUUAUUUCCUACGCGUACAUGAGGAUGAUCAACGAGAUCAGGGCCAGCGGGGUGGCGUGCAGAUCCACCAGGCAGAGUCAGGAUAGAGACAAGGUGGCGCAGAGGUUCGGAAUCAUCGUCUUCACGGACUCGCUGUGCUGGGUGCCCGUCAUCGUGGUGAAAAUUCUGGCUCUCUCUGGCGUCGUCAUUCCAGCAGAUCUAUACGCCUGGCUGGCCAUAUUCGUCCUGCCCAUAAAUUCUGCUCUGAAUCCGGUGCUGUACACCCUCACGACCACAAUUUUCAAGAAACAAGUGAGGAAGAUCUUCCACUCGUGCCGUCAGAGAAAGAGAAACGAACAUCAUCACUCUGCCUCUGAUUCGGGAUUCAGUCUCAGCUUCGGGGUUUUCCCCAUAGCUGGCAGCACUAGGAGGAUCCUCAGUUACAGGGGUACGCAAAGCAGCAGUCUGACGGCUAGCAAGAACAGUUGGAAACGGUCAACGGCUGUUUGAUAAUAGGCUUAGUUUACGUUAUUUGUGAAUACAGUUUGUUUGAUUAUAAAGGUCCCGAGUUAUAACUCGGUUAUCCAUUUUUGGACACCCUGUAAAGUAAAUUCAGGGGGUGAUAGUACGACAAAAAAUGAA